AUGUGGAUCAAACUAGACUACAAACGACGCAAUGUGCAAGACAGCGUCACCUGCAUACAUCGACUGGUCGAGUCCACGCCGCACCGGUUCUUGACCCGUGGCGACCUCCAGAAAGUCGGAAUCCGUGCAGAGAGACGCUAUAUGUCCCCUGGAAACUAUAUCGCCUUCAAUCCAUGCUUCUUCAAUCCUCGGCCCCCAGAUUUUGCCAGUAAUCCCCGUACGGACAGUGAGAAAACUAAGAACUCCGCGGUAGACAAUAUAGGAGAGAACGAGCAUCAGAACACAGACACAGAAGCGGCUGAAAGACCAGGACCCCGCUAUCCUUCGAUCCUCGGUAGGCAUCAUGGAGAUAGACUUGAUAAGAUCGUACCUGGGUCGUUCACCAUGAGGACCUUCACCUGCCUGUCUGACAAGGGGGCGACGACCAAAGGGAAAUGGAAAGAAGAUCCUGCUCUGGGUCUGCUCGACGUGUCCAGCAGCAACUGGCGCGCAGCCGUCUGCAUAGAGGACCCAACCUACCGCCAUCCACACGCUAUAAUCGACGUGAUGACGGAUACAGAUGUUGUGAGCGUGGAUCUUUCAGCCGGGGAAGUCAAGGCCAUCAUGAGGACCAUGAAGACACGCAUGGGCAUUAGCUACUACCGUGACCAUGUCACUCUGCCACUACUGAUGAUAUCGUACUUGGGUCCAGACUACGGAAGGAUUAUCCACGCGCAUCAUGAUGGCAGCCGCAUGGUCGUCCAGCAUUCGAGCCUGUUCAAUUUGAGAGAACCCACAAACAAUCAUAUUGAGCUCUUUCUGCGAUAUUACUGCAGCGAGCCUGCACGCGCAUCCCAAGGACUAUGGUUCAACAAGUAG